GUCGAUCAAACCAAAGAGUUGCAGAGAUAUAUAGAGAUAGAGAUCGAUUCAUCUUGUGUUCAUGGUUUCCUUUCCCACCCCAGUUUCUCCGAAUCAGAGAAAAAUGAUUCCUCAGUAUGAGAAUUUAUCGAAGAAGAGGAGAUGGGAAGUGGAAGAAGAAGCCAAAGAGGAUAUCGAGAACCAUUCGAAAAGGGUAUCAUCAAAGCUCUUUGAUAUUGACCUCCACCUCGAACAGAAGCCCUUGCCUUCGGAGUGGCAACGAUGCCUCGAUAUCCAGUCUGGGAAGAUACAUUUCUACAACUCAAGGACCCAAAAGAGAACCUCUAAGGAUCCAAGGCAAAGCCCAGAAGCAUAUGGAUCAAGUAGUCCCAAACAUAUGAGCUUAGACUUGGAGCUCAAUCUACCUUACGAGCAAUCACUCAACACCCAUUCGGAUGAUAAUUGGACCAAACGUGAACCGGUUUACAGAUCGACCAGUUCGGAGAUAUCGUCGGAGCCUGAUCAGCCGGAGAUGGUGGCAGCAGUUUGCCGGCGGUGUCACAUGUUAGUUAUGUUGUGCAAGUCUUCUCCUGCAUGCCCCAGCUGCAAAUUCAUGCACCCACCUGAUCAAGGCCCUCCAACACUAUUCAAAAGGCAUAGGCUCUUGUGUUGCAAAGACUAAUUGAGGCCUAAAUGUUUGUUCAUCAUCUUUCAUCUAACCCACCUCCAAAGAACAAAGGGAGAAGAAGAAGAA